AUGGAGCUACAGGAUGCAGUGGAACAGCUUUGGGCCAGCUGCCGCGUGUUGUCCUCGUCGCAGGAGGGGCUACAAAGUUUGGUCACCACCUUGCGCUUGGAGGACUCCAACACAGCGGCCAAGGUCAUGUCGCUGUGUGCAGAGGUCACGAGGUCCUCGUUGGAGGUCUCCGCCCAUGAGAGGAGCCUCCUGCAGACCUAUGGUUUUCCCUUCGUGGAAGGUGCUGAUCCAAAGGCGGAUAUCCUGAACUUCUUGGUGAUCAUCGGCCUCCUGGUGCUUUUGACCAUCCUCUGGGAAUGUCUGGUCUUGCGGAGUUCAAUGGUUUGGUGUGCACGACUGACGGACCUGGGCAUCCCAAAGCUUGUGGAGAAGAUCCAGGACCUGGGAGGCGUUUUGGCGAAUAUUUUGCACCAAAAGGAACAACAGGAAGACGGCACCAUCGUGGUGUCCACCUCCAUCUCCUCCACGCCUCCGUCGAAGAAGUCGGAGACCAUGUCUGAGGAGGAGAUCCAAGAGGCCUGGAGAAACUUGAGGCAGCACAAGGUCGUCACGCCAGAGGAGCCGAAGGGGAACGAGGUGGGCUUUGAGCACCUGAACUUCACGGGCAAAGCCUCCGACGGCGAAGUCGUGGUCCGUUUGGUCCGGAGCGGCAGCGCCGAGGGCGAGUUGCAGGUGCGCAUCGGGCCCAGCGAAUCCAAGUUGGAACAGGCAGAUGACGUGGCUGACAAUGGCAAGGACUACAUCUUCCAGAAUCAAGUCGUCACCUUCAAGGACUCUGAGGUGGAAGUCGAAGUGAAGAUUCAACUCCAACCACCUCGAACCUAUAAAACCACCCAGUACUUCGAGAUUGAUUUGCUGGAGGUGGUGAAGGGAAAAGCCACCUUAGGUGGUCCCAGUUUGGCGCGGGAGAGCCACCGCCGCACCGUCCGAGUCUACAUCUCCUACGACUACGCGUUCCCUUACAACAUUCCAACAGCCAAGCAGAAGUCGCGCUUCUGGGUCAUUUGGUACUACCUGCAGGAGCGAAGGAGCUCAAGAGGUCUGCACUGGUGGAAGACCUUGCUGGGUCUCUUGUACGAUCCGGUCCACACUGUUUGCGUCACCGCGCUGCUGCAAAAGAUCCUCUUGGACCAGAUUUGCGAUCCGGACAUCCCGGGCGACAAGCCGCUGGAGAUCUGCAUGAUGGGUCUGGCGCAGUUCGCCUCGGCGGCGCUCCUCCGCUUCGGCGACAAGCUGGCGGUGGAGAACCGCGGACGCACGGGUGGCACGCGCAUGGUGCACCGGAAGCAGCUCUUCGCGAAGCUCUUGAUGUUGGAUGCUGAGGAGCUGAACAAGGUGGAUGGGCAUUGGUGGUUCUAUGUGGGCGUCAACAAUGUGGAUGCGAUGGCGAAGGAUUGCUAUUACCAAGGCUUUGUGGUGAUCCAAAGUGCCUUUGGACUGCUACUCUCCAUCCUGAUGCUCCUCUAUGUACAGGCGAGCAAGGUGAUGCAAGCUGGAGGCAACGGCUGGGGUGAGACCAUGCAGAAUCUGGCUGGGCCGGGCGUCGGACAAUUGGUCAUGGUCUUGCUUUGCUUCGGUCUACUGCGACGGGCCAACAGGCUGGGCGACUUGCUCUUCCAUCGGAUGGCCGGCGAGGCUGCCUGGGUCGACAGCUUCUCGUGGCUCUGUCAUGCGGGUUUGCCUCUGAAGAGCUUGGCCUCACGGAUUUGUUCAAGGGUGGAUCUCCGAUUCCUCAACGAGACUAAGUACUUCGUCAGCUACCACAAGAGCUCCCGAGAUUGGUCCAACGAUACCCUGUGGUUGGUGAAGUGGAUGAUCAACUUGGCCUACAUCUCGGUCUUGGUCUUGGGUGCGAAGUCCCUGUUGGAAAACCGCGAGCUCGGCAGCAGCGACUUUCAAUCCGGCGACUUCGUCUUCCAACUGAAGAUCUUCUCCAGCUUCGGCAAAUAUCUGGUGAAGAUCGUCCAGUCGUUCAUCAAGAUGUAUUCCGCCUCGGUGGGAUUGCAACAGUUUGCGGAGAUCAUGAACUGGCCCGAACGCUCUUUGUCGCAGUCCACCAAGGAGGGCCGUGUCAUGCACGACGUCACGACAUCAGAAAUCAUUUUUGAAACUGAAGCUGAAGAUGAAGACCAAGGUCGAGCAUUGCCCCUGGUGCCCUUGUCCAGGGUGGUGCGGAAGGCCUUGCGGAUCCCUUUAGGUCGGGUGGUCCGUGUGACCAGCCAACGAGAGAGAUAUCUGCUGAACUUCCUCUACCAGGUUUCAGAGUUGAAAGCUCCCCGGCGCGGUAAGGUGAGGAGACCCCAGGGUGUCCGCAUCACGUUUAUCCCUGCAGUGGCUUUGCACACGCCUCAUGCCACUGUACUGGAGGAGUUGAAGGCUGAUGUGGAGAAGCACCCAGAGGUGCUGAAGCGUUUAUUGAUGAUGUUCGAAUGGGAUCCGGAUGAAACGUUGGAAGAGCUUCAAGCAGGGCAGCUGCAAGCGAUCGCACUGAUCCUCGCCAUGCUCAGUUCAAGCAAAUCAAUGUGCAAACGUACACGACUGGUGAACCAGCGGGUGAAGCUGCGCUGCCACAAGUUCUCUGCUCCACGAAAGGGAGGGCCAUUGGCCUUCUUGACCACGGAACAGCGGCAGAAGAUCUUGCUGCUCCUCUCCUUGUGGCAGGAGGGAGGCCUCGAAGCCUUGCUGGCGAGUCUGAAGCCAAAGCCCGAAAGCUUUCCCAAGUGCCCCAAGUCGCUGAUCGUCAGCGUCGAGGCCUCGGAUGAUCUGCCGCCACUUGGGGCGGUAAAGCGUUUCAGAUGGGACUUGGGGCAUCUUGGGGCUCAGUUUCAGAUAGUAAUUAGCUAUCCCAGACAGAACCUGUCUGGGACUGCCAGUCCCAGACAGGUCGUGUCUGGGUAUAAUGGGGUCUGAACGCACCAGCCCCAAAAGAUCGAGCACCUCGUGACCGAAGAAAGCCAGCGAUGCGGCCACCUCGGCGGGGUGGCCAUGACCCAUGGCACCUGGAUGGAACUCUCCUGACGGUCGUCCGUUCUGUUUAUGUUCUGUGGCCAAGCCAGGUAGACAUCUUGGCACACAGCCGGUACAGAUUGGAACACACCUGGGACACCUGGUCAACAGAGCGGUCUUUCUUCUUUCCCCACAGCCGGCUAUGGCACCAGGCCCAAGCCGGUUUCUUCUCCAGGUGACGCAAGGGAAUGGGUGCAGUGGCGAUCCAAACGAUUCGGAGGGUGAGAACGACGCGUAACGCUGGGCGACGCGCCUGGGCCACGAAGGGGUUUUAACGCGACCAGAUGUGAAUUUUUAGGGAUGAUCACCCACUCUCAGGAAGUGCUUGGUGAUGGAGUUCCUUGAAUUCUAGGACAGAAACCCUCGGGUUUCUUCAUGGAGCAGUUUCGAAUCUUCAAGCCAAGUCCGGUGGUGUCAAGUGCUAAGUUCGGGCACAUCGCAAGGCUCCGAAAGGCCUCGCUCCAGUCCACGAUCUCCGGGCCGUUUCAGUCACUUCCACGGACGAGCGAACGGCGGUGCGAGCGACCGCGGCGGGUGCGACGAGGUCGGAGCUGUUUCCGGACGUGCACACCGUCGACUUGGAUCUGGAGAACGAGUUGGACCUCUUUGGCGAUCCCCUGGAGCUCACCGUCCGUCUGUGACGAAGCGAGCGACCGCGUCGCGGACCUGCGACGAGCGACGGACCCUGACGGCACCGAAGUGGUCGGAUUCCGGGAAUCGCCCAAAACGACCGGUUCAACCCCUGAGAACCGAAGAGAGCUGGACUCCCGUUGUGGUGUGGAGUCCAAU